ACCAAGGCCAAACAGAUUAAAUGGAUUUAUGUGCAGCACUAUUUAAGUAGCGGAGGGAGAGAGUCACAGGCUGAACGCUGGUACAGAUGUUUACUGAGUAAGAGAAGGAACAAGACUCACAACAGAGAUUCAAAGCGACAACAGAGCUCUUAAGACGUCUGUGCUGCACCCAGCAGAGGAUGCAGCUGGUCGUCAUGGCAACAGUGCUGGCGGCAGUGGCAGGGGCGGGGCAGGGCUGCAGCUUCGACUGCCGUCCGACCAACGUCAGGAUCCCCGUGGAGAGCUGUGGCAGCACCGAGUACAUCGACACCACCGUGUGUGCAGGACAGUGCUACAACAAGGAUCCGGUCUACAUCAGCAAAGAAGGUCCGGAUAAACAGAAUAGCUGUAACGGUGACUGGUCGUACGAGGUGAAACACAUUAACGGCUGUCCGGUGGCUGUCACCUACCCUGUGGCCAGACACUGCCACUGCUCCAUAUGUAACCUGGACGACACUGACUGCAGCCCCUUUCCCGGAGACAUACCCGGCUGUCUGACCACCCUUCACUCUCUCUCUCUGUCCACACUGGACUGAAAUAAACGCUCAAGUGUUUGUUUCCUAAUCUUUGAAAUGUGUUGUAUCAUAUAAGCAAUUAAAACUACUCCCCCUUAAA